CUCGCGAGAAGUAGCGCGGCGGGGCGGGGCGGGCUGGCGGCUGCGCGUUGCGGGGCGGCAGGGGCCGGCGCAGGCUGAGGCAGGAGCGGGGCCAGUGCGGGACUCAGGAGCGCGAGCGGGCAGCGGGACACCCCGACCGUCGCCAGAAUGCCAGGACUAAGCUGUAGAUUCUACCAGCAUAAAUUUCCAGAGGUGGAAGAUGUAGUGAUGGUCAACGUUCGGUCCAUUGCUGAAAUGGGAGCUUAUGUCAGCCUGUUAGAAUACAACAACAUUGAAGGCAUGAUCCUUCUUAGUGAGCUAUCCAGAAGACGCAUCCGUUCCAUAAACAAACUCAUCCGCAUUGGGAGGAAUGAAUGCGUUGUGGUCAUAAGGGUUGACAAAGAGAAAGGUUAUAUUGACUUGUCAAAAAGAAGAGUUUCUCCAGAGGAAGCAAUCAAAUGUGAAGACAAAUUCACAAAAUCGAAGACUGUUUACAGCAUUCUUCGCCAUGUUGCUGAGGUCUUGGAAUACACUAAGGAUGAGCAGCUUGAGAGUCUGUUCCAGAGAACUGCCUGGGUAUUCGAUGACAAGUACAAAAGACCAGGAUAUGGUGCUUAUGAUGCAUUCAAGCAUGCAGUCUCAGACCCUGCAAUCCUGGAUAGUCUAGAUCUGACAGAGGAAGAGAGGCGUGUGUUGAUUGACAAUAUUAACAGACGUCUGACACCGCAAGCAGUCAAAAUUCGAGCUGACAUUGAGGUUGCCUGUUAUGGUUACGAAGGCAUAGAUGCAGUGAAAGAAGCUUUGAGAGCAGGCUUGAACUGUUCCACGGAGAACAUGCCCAUUAAAAUUAAUCUGAUAGCUCCUCCUCGUUAUGUGAUGACUACUACAACGCUGGAGAGAACCGAAGGGCUGUCUGUUUUGAAUCAAGCCAUGGCUGUCAUUAAAGAAAAAAUUGAGGAGAAGAGAGGCGUCUUUAAUGUGCAGAUGGAACCGAAGGUGGUUACUGACACAGAUGAGACUGAGCUUGCAAGGCAGUUGGAAAGACUGGAGAGGGAAAAUGCUGAAGUGGAUGGGGAUGACGAUGCUGAGGAAAUGGAAGCCAAAACUGAAGACUAAAUAUUCUGGAAUACAUAAAGACAGAGCAUAUGAAAAAAAAUUAGACACCCCAUUGCAAACACCCUGGACCAAAUGCUUCCAGUAUUGAAAACUUCUAAAGCAAAUACUUCAAGUAUUUUACUGUGUUUAAAAAAGAACAAUAUAUGAAAUUCUCUCCUAAAUAACAUUUGCUCUUAUGCAGCAACUUAUGCAAAUUGAAUCCUUCAAAACGAAGGUGUCUAGCUGCAUUCAAGACUCAAAUCUCAAGGCCAGAGAGGGGCCACAGAUCCAUCCUUAACACUUCCAUAUAUGACAGUUCCAAAUUGAUGAUUACAGCUCAGUGCAUCUGUCAGUGAGCUUUCCUGGGACCACCAAAACCAGGCAAGCUGAACAGUUCUAUACAGAAUGUAUUCAAGCAAAUAUUCAAUAAAUUUUUGGGCUACAUAA